UGGGCAGUUGCUAGAGGGAAAAUGGAGUCUUUAAUUCACGUCCUGGUUUUUACCUGUCUUGCCUUGAUGUUUUCAGAAGCGUUUCUGAUCAUCCAUGUCCAGAGACAGCAGUGUCUUUCAGAAAGGAGAGGAGUCAUUAUGGAAAGGUGCAAUAUGAGCAGCCCCAACCAGCAGUGGCAAUGGAUGGCUGAUGACAGGCUCCUGCAUGUGAAAUCUGGACAGUGCCUGAGCAUCUCCACACGCUCCGCACUGUCCUCUCGCAGCAUCAUCAUCAAUUGCUCUCAGGCAGUUAGGUGGACUUGCCAUGAGGAAGAUGGGCUCCUGAAGGUAGCCAACAGCUCACUCUUUCUUACCAAGCAAGGUCAGAAGGUAAUGGCCAAGCAGAGUAAGAAAUAUCUUCAUACAUGGAUGCAGCUUGAAGCCAACGAGAUGGGAAAACCUGUCUAUGUAAAUCUGUGUUCAAAGCAAGAUCUCCAAGAUGCAGACACUUUUGUAUGGAGUACUACAACUACAUCCUCCCCUUUAAAUACUACUACCUCUAGGCCUGACAAGCUGCCAGCAAGUAGCAGCACACAGAUGUCCAUCAGAAAUGUGACUGAACACUUCACAAAAAGCUUCAUUGAAAACCUCUACUUUGACUUGAAAUCUGCAGUAACAGAGAAACCCACAGUCCCAACUACUCCACAAUACUCCAGCACUACGGAGGAGGCCGCGCGCGGGGAGGCUGCGGGCUGCAGCGCCAACCUGACGGAGCGCCGCGUGGCCGCGCGGAGCGCCUGGCUGCGCUGGAGCGCCGCGGCCCGCGCCUGCAGCUUCAACCUGACGGGACGCUCCGAGGACGGACUGCCCGCCGGCUGCCGGCCCGCCAGCGCCGGCAAUGGUUCCUACGGCUGCACCGUGCGAGACUUGGAAGCCGGGACUUGGUACCACCUUCGCAUCGAGCCGCUCGCCGACGGGGAGGCCGCCAACGUCACCCUGCGGACAGAUCCUUUACCACCACCUCGUUUUGAAAUUAAUAAGGAGAAAACUACAUUCACAAGUUUACAGGUUCAAUGGGAUCCUUCUCCAGGAAAGGUGGACUUGUAUAAUAUAGUAGUAUUUGAUCACAGUAAUAAGAAGCUACAAGAAUCCUCCAUACCAGGAAGAUUUUCAAAAACUGAAGAAACUUUUACUGGCCUAGUUCCUGGGAAUAAAUACAAUAUUGUCCUCACUGCAGUUGCUGGAAAUAAAAGUACCGCAGAAUUGCACAUAAAUGGAUCUACUGUGCCAUCCCCUGUGAAGAACAUCCAGGUUAUUGUCAAGACAGACAGUAUCCAUGCUUCUUGGUCUCCUGGCUCUGGGCAUGUGGAUCUGUACAGGCUGGUGUUACUUGAUAAUCAUGGCACUGUUCAUGAGAGUCAUCAAGAAAAUUCUCUGACUUCUUACACUUUUUCUGGGCUUACGGCAGGACAUCUGUAUAACCUUUCUGUGAUAACCCAAGCUGCAGAAUUGGAGAGCACUGCUUUUCAAAUAGUUAGGACAGCCCCAGCUGAAGUCUUAGAUUUGACAGUGACUAAUGAUGACAGCUUCGAUACUUUAAAAGUUAAGUGGAGAAGACCUUCAGGAAGUGUCGAUUUCUAUAACAUCACUCUGUCUCAUCUUAGAUCAGUUAAAGAAGUCAAAACUUUACAGCCAGCAGUCACAGAGACUCACUUUGACAAACUAACUCCAGGACGUCUUUAUCAGAUUACUGCCCGCACAAUCAGUGGUGAACUGUUUACUGAUAGGAUGGCAACUGGCAGGACAUUCCCCCAGAAGGUUUCUGAUCUGAAAGCCGGUGGAGGUGGCUGGCUGAGGACUCUGCGAGUGAAUUGGCUGCCCCCUGCGGGAGACUUGGAGCGGUACCAUCUGCUCCUCUGGAACCGCUCUGCUCUGGUGCUCAACACCACCCUGGGAAAGAACGUGACCGAGCACCUCGUCCAUGAUGUGGGCCUCAUCCCAGGCAGGCAGUACGAAGUUGAGGUCAUUGUGGAGAGUGGUGAUUUGCAGAGCAAGGCUAGCUGCACGGGGAGAACAGCUCCAGAGCCUGUUCUCCAGCUGCGUGUAAAGCAUGCUAAUGAAUCUUCGCUUAGUGUCAUGUGGGUGACCCCUGUUGCAGAAUGGGACAGCUACGUGGUUUCACUGGGAGACAGAGAUCUUACUGUCAUAAAAAAAGGGCUUGGAAAAGAAGCUAAAGAAUUUACUUUCAACGAGUUGGUACCUGGAAGAAAAUACACAGCAACAAUCACUACCAUCAGUGGGAUCUUAAGUAAUUGGACUUCAGUGGAAGGAAGAACAGUGCCAGCCCAAGUGACCGGUCUGACUGUGGCAAGUCAGGGAUCAACCAACAGCUUGUUCACCAACUGGACAAGAGCACUGGGAGAUGUAGACUCAUAUCAAGUACUACUGAUUCAUGAGAAUGUUGUCAUUAAGAAUGAAACUGUUUCCAGUGAAACCAAUGAAUACCACUUCUAUCCCCUGAAACCUGGAGGACUCUAUUCAGUUGUUGUGACCACUGUCAGUGGGGGGAUAUCUUCAAGACAAACAAUUGCAGAGGGGAGAACAGUUCCUUCCAGUGUGACUGGAGUAACAGUAAAUAAUUCAGGUCGCAGUGACUACCUCAGUGUUUCUUGGCUGCCAGCUUCUGGAGAUGUAGACAGUUACUUGGUAACACUAUCUCAUGAUGACCAUAUUAUUCAGACUCUCACCAUUUCCAAGUCUCUCAGUGAGUGCUCUUUCAGCAGCCUUACUCCUGGGACACUUUAUAACGUGAUGAUAACCACAAAGAGUGGAAAGUAUGAAAAUUAUUCCUUCGGCCAGGAACGAACAGUUCCUUCGGGUGUUCAAGGACUUACUGUCAGCAAUUCAGCCAGAAGUGACUAUUUGAAGGUGUCUUGGCUACAUGCCUCUGGAUCUUUUGAUAGUUAUGAAGUGAUCAUCAAGAACAACAAUGAUUUCAUCCAAACAAAAAGUGUCCCAAAGGAUGAAAAUGAAUGUGUAUUCACCAAUCUGGUCCCAGGGAGGCAGUACAGUGUCACAGUCAGCACAAGAAGUGGAAAAUACGAAACCAGUGAGAGGGUUUUUGGCAGAACAAUGCCGGAGUCAGUGAAGGAACUGACUCUUAGUAACAGAAGCACAGAAGAUCUGCAGGUAACCUGGUCAAAGGCUGAGGGUGAUGUUGAUAAAUAUGAGAUUCAGCUCCUCUACAAUGAUAUGAAGAUCUUCCCACCCAUUUUCCUUGGGAACACCAUCGAGGAGUGUUGGUUCACAGCUCUGACUCCAGGACGUCUAUACAAAAUUCUUGUCUUGACAAUCAGUGGAGAUGCACAACGUGCUACUUUCAUAGAAGGCCUGACAAUUCCAAGCGCAGUGAGAAACAUACACGUUUCACCUAAUGGUAUGACAGACAGCCUGAAAGUGAACUGGACACCUGGAAGUGGAGAUGUUGAUUCCUACACAGUGACUAUAUUUCAGCAAAACCAUCAGCUUGAUUCCAGAAGUGUCUCCAAAGAUGUCUCAGAGCAUACAUUUCAUGAUUUGGAAGCUGGGGAGCAGUACCGGGUGGUGGUGCAGUCGAACAGUGGUGCCUUACACAACAGCUUAGCAGCUUCUGGGAGAACUAUUCCCGCCUCUGUCCAGGAGUUAUUAGCUGAUCAUGCUUACAGCAGUCAUUCCUUGUUAGUAACCUGGCAGAAAGCUCCUGGUGUAGCUGAAAGAUACGACAUUCUGCUCUUGAAUGAGCAAGGAGUCCUCCUGAGCAACAAAUCAGAGCCAGCUACUGCCAAACAGCACAAAUUUGAAGAUUUGUUACCUGGCAAGAAGUACAAAAUACAUGUUUUGACAGUCAGUGGUGGACUCUUCAGUAAACGAGCAGAAACUGUUGGGCGAACAGUUCCAGCAGCUGUCACAAAUCUGAAAGUCACAGAGAAUACCACUGACCAAUUGUCCUUCAGCUGGACCACCUCACAAGGGGAGCUUGAUUCAUAUGACAUCUUCCUGUACAACCCAGACAAGUCCCUUCACGACAGGAUUUCAGGAGAGCAGCACCUUCAGCAGUGUUCAUUCCAGAACUUGCGGCAAGGCAGGAUGUAUCGAAUGGUGAUUGUUACCCACAGUGGAGACCUCACUAAUGAAUCAUCUGUCUUUGGGAGAACAGCACCAGCUCCAGUUGUUGGUCUCAAGGCGUCCAAUAGAAACAUGACAGACAGUCUGUGGUUCACCUGGAGUCCAGCAGCCGGAGAUGUUGACUUUUAUGAGUUCAAUCUUUACAACCCAAAUGGGACGCAGAAAGAGUCAUUGCAGGGAAAAGACCUGAAAGAGUGGCAUUUCCAGGGGCUUGUUCCUGGCAGAAAGUACACUCUGGUUGUGGUGACUCACAGCGGUGACCUGAUCAAUACAGCAAAUGCUGAAGGAAGAACAGCACCCAGCCCUCCUAACGCUGUGUCGUUCGCUGAUGUUGCAAACACUUCUCUAUCAGUCACAUGGCUGGGUCCUCCAGACUGGACAGACUAUGAUGAUUUUGAGUUGCAGUGGCUCCCAAAGGAUCCCCUCACAGUAUUCAAUCCCUACAGCAGCAGCAAAUCAAAAGUACGCAUCAUCUAUGGCCUGCGACCUGGAAGGCUCUAUAAGUUCAGUGUCAGAACGGUCAGUGGUGACAGCUGGAAGACAUACAGUCAGUCACAGUCUGAAAGUGUGAGAACCAAACCAGACAAGAUUCAAAGUCUUCAUUGUCGGCCCCAGACUUCUACUGCUAUUGCAUGUUCCUGGACUCCUCCUGAUUCUGACUUUGAUGGAUAUAGCGUUGAGUGCAAAAAACUGGACACUCGGGAAGUGGAAUUUUCUAAAAGGAUAGAAAAAGACAAAACUCUGCUCAAUAUAAUGACCCUUGUUCCCCACAAGCGCUACCUGGUGUCCAUCAAGGUGCAUUCUGCAGACAUGACAAGUGAAGUAGUUGAAGACAGCACUAUCACAAUGAUUGACCGUCCCCCUCAGCCACCUCCAGACAUACGAGUAAACAAAAAAGAGGUGCUGAUUACCAAAUCCUCCAUCAACUUUACUUUUAACUGCAGCUGGUUUAGUGAUACUAAUGGAGCUGUGAAGUACUUUACCGUGGUUGUCAGAGAGGCUGAUGGUAGUGAAGGACCAAAGCCUGAUGAGCAGCACCCAUUACCUUCCUACCUGGAGUACAAACACAAUGACUCCAUACGCAUCUACCAGACAAAUUAUUUUGCCAGUAGAUGUGCUGAAAACCCUGACAGUGAUUAUAAAAGCUUUGACAUUAAGCUUGGAGGAGAAAUGGAAAAUCUGGGAGGAAAGUGUGAUCCGGAUCAGCAAAAAUUCUGCGAUGGACCCCUGAAGCCUCGGACUGCUUAUAGGAUCAGCAUACGGGCUUUUACCCAGCUCUUCAGUGAAGACCCAAAGGAACUUCCUCAGCCACUCUUUGCAGACACCUUCUUCUCUUUACCAAUCACUACAGAGGCAGAGCCCCUCUUUGGAGUUAUUGAAGGUGUGAGCGCUGGUUUGUUUCUAAUUGUAAUGUUGGUGGCUGUUACUGCUUUAUUUGUCUGCAGACAGAAAGUUAGCAAUGGCCACGAGAGACCUACAGCAAGGCUGAGCAUUCGCAGGGACAAACCACUGGCAGUCCAUCUGAACUUGGGGCAAAAAGGGAACCGGAAAACUUCCAGUCCGAUCAAAAUCAGUCAUUUUGAAGCACACUUCGCCAAACUCCAAGCAGACUCCAACUACCUCCUGUCCAAGGAAUAUGAGGACUUAAAAGACGUGGGUCGAAACCAGACAUGUGACAUAGCACUGCUGCCAGAGAACAGAGGAAAAAAUCGAUAUAAUAAUAUAUUGCCUUAUGAUACAUCAAGAGUGAAGCUUUCCAAUGUGGAUGAUGACCCUUGCUCAGACUACAUUAAUGCAAGCUAUAUACCAGGCAAUAAUUUCCGCAGGGAAUACAUAGCAACUCAGGGUCCUUUGCCUGGCACUAAAGAUGAGUUCUGGAAGAUGGCAUGGGAACAAAAUGUGCACAAUAUUGUCAUGGUAACCCAGUGUGUUGAGAAGGGCCGGGUGAAGUGUGAUCACUACUGGCCCCUUGACCAGGAUUCCUUGUACUAUGGAGAUCUGAUAGUUGAAAUGCUGUCUGAAUCGGUGCUUCCAGAAUGGACAAUACGAGAGUUUAAAAUCUGCAGUGAGGAGCAGCUUGACUCAACAAAGCUCAUUCGUCAUUUCCAUUACACCGUGUGGCCAGAUCACGGAGUGCCAGAGACCACCCAGUCCCUGAUCCAGUUUGUCAGAACUGUAAGGGAUUAUAUCAACAGGACCCCAGAAACGGGACCAACUGUUGUGCACUGCAGUGCUGGAGUUGGCAGGACUGGCACAUUCAUUGCACUGGACCGAAUUCUGCAGCAACUGGAUUCAAAGGACACUGUUGACAUUUAUGCAGCAGUGCACGAUCUAAGGCUUCACCGGGUUCACAUGGUUCAAACAGAGUGUCAAUAUGUGUAUCUGCAUCAAUGUGUGAGAGAUGUGUUAAGAGCCAGAAAACUUCGCAGUGAACAAGAAAAUCCUUUGUUUCCAAUAUAUGAAAAUGUGAAUCCUGAGUAUCACAGAGAUGCUGUUUAUUCAAGGCACUAAGAAUGUUACAGACACCUGCUUUUUUGACCACAUGUGUUAAGUAGGGGUUUGUUUGUUUGUUUGUUUUAUAUUUGUAUUUCGUGCACUAGAAAGGUACCAGACCUUUCUAUUGAGACUGUGUAUUAUUUAUUGGUCUGGUGUUUUUUUAAAAGAUAUUAUAUAAUUUAAGUGUAAUAGAUAUUAAUGUAUAUAAUUGUAUUUUGGCAUUAUGUAAAUAUGUAUUUUUUUCUAUAAUGUUUAUAUUAAUAUUAAGCUUCAGAUAAUACUAUUUUUUCUUAUCACAGUUUUUGUAAACUGUUCUACAUAAACUAUUUUAAAUUGCAUUUGUUAACAGGGCUGCUGCGUUUGGGGCAGGUUAUGUAUUGACAUUUAACACACAGAAAAAUCCUACGAGAAGAGCCUCAUUAAUUUCUUUUAAUUAGUUCAGUAUUUGUAAGGUGAAAUAAGCUACUAUUAAGAAAGAGAACAGUAGUCCUGUAUAAGAAUUACAAAGCUACUCUACACUUUAAUCUCACUGCUUGUGAAAUGGGUGAAAUCCACACCACUCAUACCACUAUGACAUAUCUUUUACAGAACUUGAUAACAGCCAUGUAACAUAGGGUCCACCUCACUAGAAGCAACUGUUUCAGUCUAAUGUGACAUAGUAAAAAAAUAUCAAACAACACAUGCUGCCGUGAAGUCUCGCUGACUUGCCCCACACACAUCCUUGGAGGGGAGAAGGUCACUCUCUGGUUUCUUCACCCUGGUUUCAGAGAGCAGAAUCAGAGCACAGCAUGUGUCUGUGCAUUUGUACUUGUGUACAAUUAUAACAAGAAAGCUGUUCAAGAAAAUUCUUUUUACACUUAUCUUAAGAGAUAUGUAAGGAUGUGAAAGGCUCUCAAAUUCAUUAAAACAGUGUGACUGCUUAAAAAUGAGAGAGAUUGCAAACUUACUGAGAUAAAGACCUACAAAGAUAUAUAUACCACACUUUACACAAUUGGCUUCAGCCUAAAGGUGCUUGCAGCGUAGCUGCCUGAGCCUGAGUGCAGGUCUCCUUCAAGGGCUGUUUGCUUUUACAGACGGAAAGCAUGUCCACACAGGACUCCUCUGCUUUGAUGUUAGCUCAUGUCACUACUACACAGGCAGGUGGAAUAGAAAAAGGCUCAUUUGUAACCCUGGGAAUGCAGUCUCACAGGAUAAUUAGCUCACUGUGCUAAUCAUCAGAUGCACUCAGAGCAUCCUGUGAUUAGCUAGGAGUGUAAUCCAGGAGCACCCACCAGGUGUCCUGCCCAGCCUGGCAGUUUAGGAACGUCUUCUUUCCUCUGUGAAAGAGGCUUCUUCUUCAAGGAACUGAUCUGAACACUGUUCAGCUGUUCUUUGUCUUUAUAAAACCUCUUCAGUUAAAUAGAAAAGAGGCAACACACAGUGGUUCUUCGCAAGAAGGAAGUGCUUGUUAGUUCUCCUUUCAUCUAUCUACCCAUUCAUUACCUGGAAAAAAAACGUAGCCUGCUGCUGGAGACAAGUGCUUAGAUUCCACUUCUGUUUUGCAGAGAAAUCAGUAUUCCUGAGGGCCUCCAGAGAGCCACCAAUACAUCUAAGCUAAGUGCCUGAGUUAGAAACUGCAGUGGCUCUUCGACAAGACUGCUGUGACUUUGCCAUGACUUAUUGGAGCCAUACACUCCCUGCAGUAGGAACACCUGUGUGACAGUGGGUGAAGGAAUCUGCAGGGUUUCUCUGACAGAGUUUUCUUAAAUCAUUCCAAAACAGAACCAGCAAGAUUGUGCAUUUCCAUGUCACUCUGGUCUUCCUGCAGAGAAGGACCCAGCCUGACAGUGCCUCUUCCUUCUUACUGCAGCUGGAGUCUCAUCCUUUCUUGACCAAACGCCCUCAGGUGCUGCAGAAGCUCAGAACCUGCAGGCUCAUUCAACCUCUUAGGUAGCUCUGUCCUAGAACAUGGCUCAUUCCUCUUGUGCAUCCCUCUCGGCCCUCGCACGAACCUCAAGGUUCACUGCCCACAGUGGGAUCUGAAGAAGGAAACAACAUCACAGUGGAAGCCCCUUUCAUAGAGAGAAGUGUAGGCAAAAGCACAAAGAAUGGGGCAGAUUUACUGCAGGCCUUCUCUGUUUCUUUUGCUAUGUAGACUUCAUGUUAGCAAGCAAGGUCAAAAACAUGGCAGCUUUAGACUGAUUGCUGGCUCUACUAAUAACAGCUGAACUUAGGGCAUCAUGAAAAUUGCUUUUGUGUGACGUGCACUGCAUCAGUACUCUCUUUUUGCAGCAGUAGCUGAGGAAAGGCGAUCGUGUUACUCACCAGCAGUGCAAUUACACUGGCAGGACAUACCAAAUACACUCUAUAAAUUAUCUCACUGUAUAUUACUGUGUCAUUUUUUUAUGCUGAGGGAAAUGGAAGUGGCUCAAUAAUACAUGAUUGGAUGGCAGAAGUCUGAUUGCAUGCUAUUGUGUUUGUAUACUGUUAAUUGUUUCAGAAGGGCGUGCAUUGUUCUGCUCUUCAUUUUAAUGUUUCUCUGCUCAGUUAGCAGCACCUACAGUUUGCAAUUCUGCACCCAAAAUGAUGAUGUCACAGCAAACCGUUCUUUUUGUCUUUUCUCUCAGCAAAUAAUUGACACAGUUCACAAGCCUCUUCCUCCUUAUCCCUUAGUAAGAGGGCAGAUUACCUUACAUACUCUGGCACAAUGCUCUUGAACAGCUUUACAUCUCAUGCAAGAGAUGUGCAUACACCUUAUGGCUCUGGUUCUGCUUUCUGGCCAAUUCUGGUCAUAUGAAACCAGUGUUAAACAACUGAGAAUAAGUUAAAAGUAUAUAUGUAGCAUUUUUUAAUAUGAGACAACUACUUAUCCAUGUAAUUAAUGAUAUUUACUGUGCCUGUAAGCUAAAUAGCAGAACCAAAGGGAAAUUGUUAAUGUAACAAGAGCGGACUUGAAGGAGCCUUUGUACUGCACAAAGACAGCUCUUAAGGAAAAAGACAUCCUCUGAUGAAGAGGAUGUUUCUGUUUUGAACAUCUGAAUGAUGUUCAGAACUCCUUUACUGAUGUUUCCCGAUAAUAAUGUUAUAAAGCAAGGCUAGUGUUAUUGCUGAUCCAUAAGCUAAGAUUUGCACACUCGGAGCCCAGUCCUGUGAAUCUCCUCAUUGUCCACAAAGCUACCUGAGUACUUCUUUGAUGAAAGUCAACUGGAAUGCGAGUCUGAAAAGUAACAUGCAACUUCUGAAGCACUUGUAGGGUUGGGCUUUCAGUUUGAUUCAAAUUUUUUGUAUUGAAAGUUAUUUAAUAAUGAAAAAAAAUAUAAUAAAUGUUUUUAAUCUGUGCAAUAAAAUUACAAGAUCCACUACCGAUCAUAGUAAAGAAGUAGAUUUUGCAUAGCUGGAGUUGAUAAAUGAUAUUUUUUGUUACUAAUGGAACACAAAAGUGAGUGAGAGAAAGGCAUACUGUGAAGAUGUCAUAAAAGUGCAACUUUAUACGUUUUUCUCUGCUGCUAUAGUUAUUUAUACAGCUUAUAUACAUGCCUGAAAUUGCCAGAAAUAUUAUUUUAUGCCGUGAUAUGCUAUGAAUUUCAUUUCAGUUGUAGAACGGAAAAAAGAAUGUGUGAGCUUUACGUUUAUAUUGUGUAUUGUAUACGGCUAUCCGUGCUUUGACUUAGAAAGCAGAAAGUUAAAUAUUGAGCAGAUAGGAGUACAUCAGCACACAGCCGUGCUCCUCAGCCUGGGAGUUAAUAUGUGGACUAAAGGAAUGAGAACAGCAACCACCUAAUCACUGCAUUAGCAUCUCUUCCCAGGGUCACAGAGCGGAGAAACGCAUCUGACAUUCAGAGACACAGCCUAAAACAGCAGUCACUCCCCUCAUGGCCCUGUCACAGAUGUUUGGGCUCUGUGAGCUGUGGGACCCACAGCCCCGAGGGGUUGUGCCUUGAAUGAAAGGUGAGAGCUCACUGCAGCACAUGGGCAGCUCCCGCUACACCCUGUGCCCUUGACUAACUCCCAAGCUGACAAACUCCCCACCUGUUGGGAUGGCCAAUGCUAAGGGGUCCGCUGGCAAUGACCUCACAGAUCAACAGCUGGUUCAGAAUGAGGUGUUUUUUAAGACUGGUAGGAAAUACUGGGGACUUGGGGCUGCCUACAUUUAGCAAAUGCUGUGGAAUUCGGGCACAUGAUGCUGGUAGAUUGAAAUGCAUGACUUUGUUGGGUUUUGUUUUAUUUGAAAGCUAAAGAAAUACUGUGAGUAACAUCAAGUAGCUAAAUAUAUAUUGCCCUCUAGCAGGGCUCACAGAGAAAAAAAGAACAUGGUUUUUAAUAUGGUUAGCCAUAAAUUGUUUGCCAGUGCCUGGAGUAAAGUGACUGAAAAAUGUCUUCAGCACAUAUUCCAUUCUCAUAUGCUAUAUAAUUGCUUCUGUUUGUGUUCCUAACAAACACUGGGUGAACACAGAAUUGUGCUACUCUUGUCAAUUUAAUUUAUGCAUUUGUUAAUUAUAUUUUUAUAUUUUUAGCUUCAGUCAACAAAUCAAAUAUAUUUGAGUGUAUUUUACACAUUUUUAUAAGUAGUUCAUGAAUAAAACAUUCAUUUAAAAAAUCA